AUGGUGAUUUAUUCCAUCCUCCUUGCCAAUUUGAAAGUCGGACGCUGCUCCAACACCACAGAAGUUCACUUGCAGAGGUUUUGGGAGGCUAGAAAUGUGCGGAAAGGCGGCAAGCUCAUGAGUCUAGACAUACUUCUCAUCGACGAGAAUAUAAGCAUCUCCUUGACGAUUAACAUUCCUAACCUGGUCUGA